AUUAUGAUUUCGUUUGGGUAUUUCGCGACGUCGUACGUCACUGGGCUAUUGUCGCCGUUUCGUUGUUUUUCCCGAGUCGCGCGGCGCGAACGCGAGCUCGUAGAGCCAGAACGAGUCCGUACGGGCAUGCGAACAGAAGCAGAAGCAGCCCAAGUAUAUUUUUAUAUAGUGCGAUUAGUGGACCGUAAAAAGUAAAAUCGUUUGUGCUCUAAAUAUAAUAAGUAAAACGAAGCUCAAAAUAUUUUCUCGCCCCACCUGGAAAUACGUGGAGACGAGGGCGUCAUUACAGACGCGGCGGAUCGACACGACACAGGGUCGUGGCUCGAUUGCAUCGAAAGGUGCGACACCGCGCACGAGGCACGGAAGCUUCACAAAACAAAAGUUGGCCUGAUUUGAAAAACAUUUGUAAAGAAGAGGAGCACAAAGAAUGUCUAGACUUUAAGGAAUUAGUAGGAGCACGAUUAAACUGUAGAAAAGAAUUGCACCCUUUUUUGACGAAAUUGAGCGAAAAGCAUUAUUAUUGCUUUUAUGAAUCUUUGUUGAGUGAAGAUAUUACUUGGCGCAUGUGGUUGGACGAGUAUCGUUAUCGGAGCCACUCGAAAAAAGUAUUUGUCGAGGAGAAAGAGCUUGAUGCAUUAAUGCAUUCUAAUAAAGUGACACAUCACUUGUAUUAUUAUUUACUUAUGGAUAAGUUAAGAAGUUUAUAUAAACGAUCAUAGAGGUGAGAUUCAAUCAAUAAUGAAUAUUUUUAAAAGUCUCUACGGAUAAUUAAGUAAUACUAUAACGUAUAUGUUAAAGAGAUAAAAUACUUAUUGCACAAUUAAUAUACAAAAUGUUUUAAUUUUUAGUGAACAUAGGACUGAUCUCACACAUAUUUAUUACGGUAAAGAGCUUCUGCCACAUGUGAGGCAUCAUUAUCUAAAACCCAUGUGGCAUGAAUUUAUGAAUCGUCCUAUUAAGCAGCAGAUAUUGGAAGAGGCGGCAACUCUUGUUGCACAAUGGUUCCAACCGGAGCAACAUAUCUCUUACUCGCAUGUAACAACGGAGCUGGAGAAUAUUGCACAACAAGUGAUAGAGCGUCUUGAAGUUGUGAAUCCUCAGCAUCAAAUAUUCUCGGUAUCUCGUGAACAGAUCUCGUCUUGGAAAUCCAAUAAUAUCGAUAAAGAUGAAUGGAACAACAGUGAUGCAAGAGAGAUUUUAAAUAUUCUUUCCGAGAUAUUAUUUCAGAAACAAAAGUUCCAAGGAAUUAGAACUUUUGGGAAUACAGAUUUCCUUCAAAACUACUUAUGUGUAAAUUACGUUUUAAAAGAAAAGUGUGGUUAUAUUGUUCUACUGGCAAUCGUAUUCUAGGCUGUUGCCAGAAGACUUGGGGUAUGCUGUAAUCUGUUGUCUUUUCCUGUACUUGAAGUUUCGAGGGAAGAUUAUUGGUUAUUGCAGUGGAAGCCAAAAUGUAAUGUAACAAAUCCUGAUGAUGAGGUUUUGUAUAUCGAUGUCUUACACGGUGGAAUCAUUUUAAAUAAAAAUAACUGGU